UCCAGCGAUCCUCACACUGCGCAAGAGCUGAUGUCAGUGAUUUAAACGGAAUCAGUCUUUUCCUCGGAGAGAAGAUAGAUAAGAGUUCCCGUUUCAACACAUUUGAAAUGAUGGCUCAACAUAAGAUUAUAUUACGCUGCCUGUUGCUGUUGCUCAUCUGUCAACGUGCAGAAGUUGAAGUUGGUCGGCCACAUAGUUCAAAUCCUCCUCUUUUGGCAAAAGAAACUUCCUUAACAGAAGACGGUCAUAUUCAAAUCCAUCUCAACAGACUGAAAAUAAAUGUCAACCAACAACAUGGAUAUGAGGUGGACAUUGCACUAAAUAUAACAGAUAGUGAGCUGAAAUUAUUUCUGAAGAGCUUAUCGUAUCCCAUUCAAGUGUCUUUUGAAAAUGGCACAUUUAAUAUUACUGACAUCACCCUGACAACAGCUUGUCAAAAUGUGAACAAUGAAACUCAGUGCAUAUGUUAUGGUGGAUUUACUUGGAACUCAACAUUUUGUAGUAAAUACAAGUCUUGCAGUGUGAAUAAUACAGGAGACCAGACCUGUGACUGCAUCAGGAGUGAGCCAACAGAAGGGACAUACUGUGAGCUGGCAUCUGUAACAACAACCCCUACACAAAGUACUGUAUCCACAACUACACAAAGAAAUACCACAACUCCCACGACAGUGUCAACAACACCCACAACUGUUCCAGCAACACCCUCCACCGUGUCAACAACACCUACAACUGUGUCAACAAUGCCCUCAACUGUGUCAAUAACACCCACAACUGUGUCAACAACACCCACAACUGUGUCAACAACAGCAGUGAUCAUACAAGAUAACUUAGUAAGGAAGAACUAUGCAUUCAGAGUUACAGGACUGACCUAUACAGCUGAACUAAAAAACACUUCCUCAACCUUAUAUAAAAAUCUCUCAAAGACAUUUCAGAUGUCGUUGGAAGAAUCCUUAAAAAGUGUGCAACUUGACGCUAAAGUAAACAUUCUAGGAUUCACUAAUGGGAGUGUAAUUGUACUCUAUCAAGUAACCUCGAACAAAACUGUAACUAAUGAAGAAAUCACUAACAAUCUCAAAGGUCUUCCUAAAAAUUACAGAAUUGAGACUAUACCUGAUGAUGAGAUACCAUGUAAGAAUGAAAUAUAUGGCACAACAAAUUAUAAUUCCAUCGCAGAAAUCCCCUGUAAAAAUCGAGCAGGAGUCAUGAAGAGGAGAUGUGGAAAGAAUGGAAACUAUGAAAAGGAAUUGGAUUUCUGUAUAUCAGAGGAAAUCAACAAUAUCCUUCAGGCGGUAAAUACCACCAAUUUGGAAAAUACUUUUUCCAACCUUCUUCAACAAUUAUCUAAUGUCAAAGAUGACGCUACUACAAUUGCCCCAGGCAAUGUCCAAGCUGUGGUUGAUAUUCUGACAGAAAUUUCAAAUGUAAAUGCCACUGUUAAUGAUACAGAUAUGCAGAAUUUCUUGGAAACUAUAAAUACAGUUAUCUCUUCUGCAUCAAUAGAUACAUGGAGAAUUCUCACAAACACAACAAAUGAAAAUAAACCCAGCUCUAGUUCUAAAUUAUUACAGUCAGUGGAAAAUUUUAAUAGUCGCCUCAAUUUGCAGAAUAACAGUUUAACCAUCAAAAAAGAGAAUCUUGAGCUUCAAGCUGUUAGGAUUGUUCAUCAGAACAACUCCUCUAUUAAUGUUAGCUUUGCUAACUUCCCCAUCGAGGAAUAUUCCAAUUUAAGUGCUAGUGUAUUCAUUCCCUCUGAAGAAUUUGAAGAUACACCAAAUGCCACAGUUAUCACUAUUGCAUAUCCAACAUGGAUUGAUAUUUUACCCAAUACCACAACCUUUGGUGGAAACUUUUUGAUUAAUGGUCUUGUUGUGACAACAACAUUAAAAAACAUUAAUAAACCUGUUAACAUCAACAUGACAUUCUUAACAAGAAAUCGCAUGCUUAAUCUCAAAACGGCCAUGUGCGCGUUUUGGGAUUUUAGUGGCACCGGUGCAUGGAAUAAUGAUGGCUGUAAGCCUGAAGUUAAUGGAGAAAAUAUCACAUGUAUCUGUGAGCACUUGACAUCCUUUUCUAUUCUAAUGUCCCCUGAUUUCAUCAAUGACCCAGCUUUGGAUUAUAUAACCAUAAUUGGAGUUGCCAUAUCAAUUGGAAGCGUAUUUAUCGCUAUUAUUAUAGAGGCCAUAGUGUGGAAGCAUGUGACCAAAAAUAAAACCUCAUAUACUCGCCAUGUUGGAAUUUUGAACAUUGCAAUAAAUCUGCUGGUAGCUGAUAUCUGGUUCAUUGUGGCUUCAUCUGUAAAACCAGGAACAGGGGCUUGCACAGCUGCCACUUUCUUCAUUCAUUUUUUCUAUCUUGCCUUAUUUUUUUGGAUGUUAACCCUGGGCCUACUACUUGUCUAUCGUUUGGUUUUCCUUUUCCAUGAUCUCAGUAAGUCAGAUAUGAUGGGAAUAUCAUUUGGUAUUGGUUACCUGCCUCCAUUAAUAAUUUCUGUCAUCACAAUCGGAGUUACCUAUCCAAGGAAAAGUUACACAAGGGAAGAUGCCUGCUGGCUCGGCUGGGAGAAAGAGUACCCUCUACUUGCAUUUGUUAUACCUGCACUGGCUAUAAUUGCAAUCAACCUCAUUAUUCUGAUUGUAGUCAUAUUUAAACUGUUACGACCAACAAUUGGAGACAGAUCCAAAGGCAAUAAUCAGGAGAGAGAAACAUUCAAACAAGUUGUGAGAAGCAUUGCUGUGCUAACCCCAAUCCUCGGUCUCACCUGGGCAUUUGGAAUACCAACCUUUCAAAAGGGUUCCCCAAAGGCUUUCCAUUAUAUAUUUACAAUCCUCAAUGCUUUACAGGGAUUCUUUAUUUUGGUCUUUGGAACGUUCAUGGAUAAUAAGGUACGAGAAGCCUUGAUGAAAACAUUUUCGUUGUCAGGAUUUUCUUCCCGAACAAAGUAUGUACAGAGCACUUCUACUACAAACCCUUCCUCAAAGUCGAAUCAUCGUUUUCAUUCUAAAAAGAAAAGCUACAAUUUAACUCAUCAAUUACAUUCAAGUGAUAACAAUCCAUCUCUAAACUAUUCUAGUCUGAACUAACUGAUGGCGCUCAGUAAAUACAACUGACCCUCUUCAAAUGCAGAAGAAAUAAUAAAAAUGAUCAAUUUAUGCCAUGAGAAAUUUUAGAAGCUAUUCAAGAAGAAAUAAUUACUUUUGUUAAGAAUGUAUAAAAGUUUGUGGCUUUGGGCAGCCCAUUAGCAUAUGUUAUUUGACGGGGUUAGCAACAUUUUGUAUUGUGCACUGUGGCAAUAAUUCAUAUCAAUAAAAAGACGCACGUAAGAACAUUUUGGUGUAAGCUGACAAUUUCCUGCAGUGUCAUAAUAAUUCAUUAUAAAAUUGUGCUAAUAUUAGUGGAACUAUUCAUCAUCAUAGAUUCUUCACUUGUAUAAGUAAACCAGAUAAUCUGGUUUUGCAGAUGACAUUGUGGUUAAUGUUAGAUGUGUGUUUUCUGUCAUGUUUAAUCUUUGAAGGUGAACAUAUCGCAUUCUCUUCCUCUCCCCCACACCCCCAGGUGUAUUCCCCCAAAUCUUGUUUUCAACCUGCUCAGAGUCUCCCAAAUUUGUGGGCUUGAAAUGUCAACAGCAAUGUAAGAUUGGACUAGGAUGCUGAAAUUGAUUUUCUAUUGGAAGUAUGGAGAAUUUUGCAGAAAUUUUCCUCAAGAAACUAAUGUGCUAGGCUGCCUUCCUUCAAUAACUCAUGUUGGCAUGGAGCAGAGUCCUUCUCAGACAGAUUAUUAAUAGGAGUAACCUUAGUAUCUCUGGGCAUGGAAGGGGAAAAAUUACCAGAGUUCCCACUUUUGAUCAUCACUUACUGACCUCUGCAGCAAAAGAUGCUUGUCAAGAUGUGGAGUAAUGCUUAGGUAUCCCAAUUCCCACCACCACCCGCUCCCCCCACCCACCUCCAUACCCACACAUGCCACACCUCCGCCCCAUGAUUGCAUAGUUGUGGGGCAGUCCUUGCAUACUUGGACCCAUAGGUAAACACCUUCCACCAGCAAAGAGAGAAAAUAGGAAAGGAGAAAAAUUGUCUCACUCAUCCUCAAUGGAAUGAAUGUUACAGGAUCUGUGGUUCAGUAGAAAAUGCUCGGUGAGCUCUAAAUCAUUGAGGAAUGUUGAGUGAAAUAUUUUUAUGAAAGAAAACACUUCAGAAAGGAAUUUAAAUUUUGUUCACAGUGAGCUAAAUGUUACAAUAUUAUGUUAAAUAUUACAAUUACAAUUGUUACAAUGCAAGAAGUUAUUAAUGGGAUUAAUGUGAUGCUUUUUGCUGUAAAAAAUCACCUGUUGGAGUAAUGUUAAAAUGUUGUUACUUGAAUAUUUUGUUAUAUUGUUUGUUACUUGAAUAUUUUAAAUUUAUAUCAAAUGACAUUUUAAACAUUGGGAAAAUGAUAGAUCUUUGAGAAGUGAUUUUGGCUUUCAGACUGGGAAUAUAUUACAAUGAGUAGAAUGUAAGUUGUUUGUAUAAUUGGUAUUUAGAAGUUAGGUUAAAGGGAAACUGUGAAUGUGCGUUGUUCCAAUUCAUGGUUUAGUUUUAACAUGACAUGAAAUUUUUGCUCUGUAUAUUUUUAUGAAAUUUGUGAUUGCAAGAUACAACCUGUUGUGACAUGUGUGAACACAGUUUGUUGAUUAAAGGAGCGACACAAAUGAAUAAACAAAAACUGCAUUUACUGCAAUAAGUAAUGAUUCAAUGUAAUGUUCACAAUUUUUUAUAUGUGUGAUUUAAGUUACAUGGUUAUGGAGUAUGCAGAUUUAUACAUGUUUCUAUAUUUUUCCUCUUAUUUCUAUAAUUAUUGUAUUCUGAUGGUGAUGUUUUA